UCUAACGGAACGCAACGCAUUACGAUUAUUCGAGCUAUAUUUCGCAAAUGUUAAUUGUUAAUAACAUAACGGUGAUUUUCUAAAUUCGAAUUUGAUCCAGUAUUCUGCGGUCUACUAAUCCACGGCUUGCCAAUUAUUGCUCGUCACAGAAUAGAAUGGAAUAUACAGAUUACUAAAUGUAAAACAAUAAUUGUAUUAAGAUAUAGAAUCUCUGAUAACUUCGAAGGAUCGACCACGUUAACUGGAAGUUCAGGAAUAAAGUGUCAUGUAACUUUCUCCGAUCCCAGUCGAUGAGACCUGACCAUGCCGGCGAAGCAAAACGGGCCCGAACUUGAGGAAAAUGGAAAACGGGCGAAAGAGCAGAAGGAAGAUGAUCAAGAUCCCAGUGAAAAUUUUGAUCCACCUGACGGCGGUUGGGGCUGGAUCAUCGUGAUUGCCGCGGGAUUUUCGAAUUUUUGCAUAUUGCCGAUGUUGCAAUCGUUCGGUUUAAUAUUCAGAGAUAGAUUCGCUGAGCUGGGAAUCAGCACGUCGCAAACAACAACUAUUAUAAAUAUAAAUUGCGCCGUGACUGCUUGCACAGGUUUAUUCAAUGGCCCGCUAUUUAGAAAAUUCAGUUUCAGACAGGUAGCUUUCGCCGGUGCUCUUAUUUGCGCCAUAUCGAUCACAAUACUGUCAACUAUGAAAUCUUUCGUUGGUGCUAUAGUGUUCUUUUCCUUUUUGUACGGUGUCGGAAUCGGCAUAGCACUGUCAGCAAAUGCUCUAGCUCUGAAUACGUAUUUCAAAAAGAAAAGGAGAAUAGCGACCGGUUUCAGUUGGACUUGUACGGGUCUGGGACCUAUUAUAAUACCGCAGAUAAUCACAUUGUUAAUGCCCGUGUAUGAUGUAGAAGGGACUACUCUGAUCAUCGGCGGUGUUACAUUUAACGGAGUCGCGUGCGCUCUUUUGCUGCAACCCGUGUCUCGACAUCUGAAAAAGAAACGAAUUACGGAUCAAUCAAAUGCCAUCGACGACGUAGAAUCUGAAGAGCCAUUUACGUACACGAAGGUCGAAACGGAACCACCAGUCGAGAAUAAAGACAAUACUUGGGAGAGCGAAGCCUCAGAAAAUAUCGAUGACAAUGACCGAAGCAGUUACGGUGCUUUGAGUCUCGCGAAGGAAAAGUUCAGUAGCCAGUAUUUGUAUUACGACGAUGCAGAAGACGGCGCUUCCGGUAUAGACGUUAUGGCUCCAGGUGUCCUCAUGAUGUCACGAGCUAACGAUGGCUGGUAUUCGAGAAAAAAUACUUCAACCACGUCAGUUGCGUCGAGAGUAUCGAAGAAGGAAGAGCUUUACAAAUGUCCCCAUCGGAAAAUGUCGUUGCCUAUGUCUAGGCAAUCCAGUCUACCUAGAGGAUCGUCAAUAAAAAGUAUCAAUAGACAAUACAGUGAAAAUGAUGCUCUCCGGAAAAGAAUGUCCGGAUAUCAAUCAAAUGCGCCGUCUCUUAUAAUUGUCAAUAAAUUCAAUGAGAAGUCUGAUGAUUGUAAAGAUCCACUCAACAACCGAUUGGUAGAGCAAACCACUGUGAUACCCGAGGAAGCGGAAUCAUAUCAAUUAAUAAACCACGAGCACGUCGAAGAGGAACAGAAAUCUUUCUGGCAGAAACUGAUCAUAUUCUUCGACUUGGAUCUUCUCCGUGAUUCCAUUUACGUGAAUUUGAUGAUGGGCCUCACGCUCGCCACUUUCACGGAGUUGAAUUUCUCACUGUUGACGCCGUUCAUUUUGGCCGAGUACGGAUACUCGAAAAUCCAGGUUGCAACGUUUAUGUCGAUCCUCGCUGGCGUCGACGUGCUCACCCGAUUAACGAUCCCGUUCAUAGCCAAUCUCAUCGGAUGGAGCAACAGAACUUUCUUCCUCGUGGGUGUAUGCCAAAUGGCCGUUGGUCGCAUCGUAUUAGCGCACGUGCAAGAUUUCCAAGUUUCGCUGGCGAUUGCUGUUUUAUUGGGUAUUGGGAAAGGUUUGCGAACAAUUUUCAUGGCCCUCGUGAUACCGAGUCACGUUCCCUUAUCAAGACUUCCAGGUGCAACUGGUAUACAAUUGGUGACCAGUGGCAUAGUUGCGUUAAUAUUAGGCCCAAUCACUGGUUACAUCAGAGACAUCACAUCCGACUACACGAUCACACUUCACUGUUUAAACAUCCCAACAUUUUAUACUACGAUCUCAUGGUGCGUCGAGAUGUGUUUCGUCAAACAAAAAUCAAAAAAGGCGGCACAGGAGAAAGAUACAUCGAAAAUAACAGUGCCAGUUUAAAUUUCUGUGGACCAACUAACAAUAAGAUCAUUAUAGUGAAGUGGACAAAUAAAGACGUAUUGUAUAUUUAUCGUA